UGCGUGUUAUCGUCAUCACUAAUGCCUCCAACGUGGAUUUGUUGUUUUGUUUAUGCCGAUUGAUUAAAAUUGAUAUGAUUGAAUUGAGAUGAAUGUUUUGACGAAAGUAAACUAUACAUGCAGAGUGAGUUCCGUGUUAAAUAAAGAUGUGAAGCAGUAUGGAAAGCAAUACAUGUUUGAUACGAACGAUGAUUCCGCUUGGAGCUCAGCUGAGGGAACCCCUCAAUGGAUAAUAUUGACGCUGGAUGAGCCACGCACUGUCAGUGGAGUGAGCUUGCAAUUUCAGGGUGGAUUUGCUGAGUCACAAUUACCCAGAGUAAGCUGCUAUCAAUUUCAUCAUUCGGUACGGUAGAUGGUCAGCGAACUACUGGUACUAGCAAUUCGCUAUUCGACUUUGGGGCAAAGUUCAAGGAGAAGUUUAUGAGUCCAUUUUCUGAUUAACAUGCCACCUGUCCUGCUUCUGAACUCGGCAUGUGCCACACGCACUUUCUUAUCGAAGGUGACACUUCGAGCGAAGACUUAUGCGCACAUCAAACGAGGGAAUCGCGUGAUAAUAAAUAAAUUAAAGUAAGCAAUCAUCAUGUUAAAGCACCAAAACCAUUUGUUUAUUUGUCCAAAACCAUUAAAAGAAUUUAAGCCAAA